AUGGCGCGUUUCUGGAGCUCCCCUCUGCCCGGCCGCCUGCCCUUCCUCCUGCUGCUGCUCCAGUCGCCUUGCAGCCGCGCAGGACAGUUCCGAGUGGUGGGCCCGGGGCGGCCCGUGCGCGCCCUGGUGGGGCACCCCGUGGAGCUGCCGUGCCGCCUGGCCCCCGCCCGGAACGCCAGCGGCAUGGAGGUGGGCUGGCACCGGCCGCCCUUCUCCCGCGUGGUGCACCUGUACCGCGGCGGCCGCGACCAGGCGGAGGAGCAGGCGCCCGAGUACCGCGGCCGCACGGAGCUGCUGCGGGGCGCCAUCGCCGAGGGCCGGGUGGCGCUGCGCAUCCUCAGCGUGCGGUUCUCCGACGAGGGCGGCUUCACCUGCUUCUUCCGGGACCACGCGCAGCAGGAGGAGGCGGCGCUGGAGCUGCAGGUGGAAGAUCCCUUCCACUGGGUGGGGCCCGGCGCGCUGGCCAGCCUGGCGGUGCUGCCCCUGCUCCUGCUGCAGCUGGUGGCCGGCCUGCUCUUCCUGGGCCUGCAGCGCCGGCUGAGAGGAAAACUUCGAGCAGAGAUAGAGAGCCUUCACAGGACCUUCGAUCCUCACUUUCUGAGGGUGCCCUGCUGGAAGGUGACCCUGUUUGUGAUUGUGCCGGUGCUCGGACCCCUGGCCGCCUUGGUCAUCUGCUACAACUGGCUGCACCGAAGACUAGCAGGGCAAUUUCUUGAAGAACUAAGUAAGUUCAUUCCUCCUUCUUAA